UUUUUCUUAUCUCCGAAUGAAUGAGAAAGCUCUCUGUUCUGGAAAAAAAAGUGACUAGGCAAUUCAUUCCCGUGCGCACAAUCCAGAUCUAACGGCUGGAAGGCCGGCCAAUCGGCUACUGAGAGCCAAUAUUAAACCCGAAGCAGGCGCCCCAGCAAAUUGUCGCCGCCGCUGCACCCGCGAUGACGGCCAUGGCACUGCUCUCCGGCGGCGUGGAGGCUGCCGCUGCUGCGGCCACCCUUCAGCCCGACGCCGCUGCAGGAGCCGCGGUGAUGGGCGUCUUCAAGUACAACUUCGCGGCGCAGUUCCUCUCGAGGGUGAUCCCCUUCCUGUACAACGGCUGGUUCGUGCGCCAGCUCAGCGCCGACGACUGCGCGGCAUACGCAUUGCAGCUUCCUCUUUUCAUCAAUUGUGUCUUAUUUGUAAGCCGGGAGGGGUUUCGGCGUGCAUGUUUGCGGAAUGAUUCUGAGAGUGGUGACACGCUAAGUGAUGAAGAGAUACUAAAGGUAGCUUGGAUGAUCAUCCCAUUUGGGCUGUUAAUUACUUUCUUUAGUACUCUAUUUGUGUUGAGGGUAAAAAAACUGAAGAUAUCUGACCCUUACGCAAAAGCUACAAUAAUCAUUGGAUUUGCUUGUAUGUUGGAGCUACUGGCAGAACCUUUGUAUAUUCUUUCCCAAACAAAGAAAUAUUACACAAUAAGAGUGUAUACCGAACCUGCAGCCACUCUGCUACGUUGCCUGACAACUUUUAUCUUCAUAAAAGGACAUAUUAAAGUGGAAAAGCUGGUUGUAUUUGCUUUAUCUCAGGUUGUCUAUGCAGGCUGCAUUUUCAUCGGAUAUUGGGCAUAUUUUCUUUUAUUUGCUAAUAUCAGAAUGCUCGAUCUCCUUCCAUUCAGGUUGUCAACCCUAAUGGUCUAUGAUAAACAGUUAUUGCACAUGUGCAUGUUGUUUACAGGCCAGACUUUCAGGAAAUUGGUCCUCCAAGAAGGCGAGAAAUUUGUUCUUGUUUGGUUUGAUACUCCAUAUAACCAGGCUGCAUAUGGUCUCGUGCAUAAAUUAGGGAGUCUGGUUGUUAGGAUAGUUUUCCUGCCAUUUGAGGAGAGUUCUUAUGCUACAUUCGCCCAACUGGCAUCAGGACAAACUCCCCAGAAUAUAUCCAAUCUGGAAGCUUCUUUGCUUGGAGCCCUUAAGCUUAUUUUGCUGAUAGGUCUUGUGGUCAUUUCUUUUGGUCCAAGUUAUUCAUACACCCUUCUGAAUCUACUGUAUGGGGCAAGAUAUAGUGAUGGCGAAGCUACAGUUGUCCUCCGUUACUAUUGUUUUUACAUCAUCUGCUUAGCAAUGAACGGCACGUCUGAAGCUUUCCUUCAUUCCGUAGCAAAUGAAAUCCAGCUUAAGCAGUCGAACGAUAUGUUGCUCCUCUUUUCAGCAAUUUAUACUGUUCUAAAUAUUGUUCUGAUCAAAUCUGCUGGAGCUGUCGGGUUGAUUGCUGCAAAUUCUGUCAAUAUGCUACUGCGGAUCACAUAUUCUGGAGUAUUCAUCAAAAGCUAUUUCAAGGGCUCAUUCUCGUUCCGCCGCUGCUUGCCAGCGGGCUGGGGCGUUUUGCUCAUUUCUGGUCUGACCACUGCUUUCUCCGAGAGAUUUUUUCUGAAUAGAAAUAGGUUUAAGCAGACCCUCCCUGUUCACAUGGCUAUAGGCAUCAUGUGCCUGGGCUUCUCGUCGCUUGAAAUAUACCGUGGUGAAAAGCAAUUCUUGAUGAGCAUCGUGAAAUCGUUGAAGGGCCACGACAAACAUGCUUGAUUUGCAUAGCAGUCGUGGCCCACCCUCUGGGAGUAUAUUUGCCCCAUAUAUGUAAAUUGAUGUUCCCAGACAACAUACAAUCCAGUAUAUAUACAUGCACACCGACUAGACAAGCGAAGAAAGCAAGCUGGACCCAGCAGCUGGAGAGGCUUCUGAAAGCAUAGAUAAAAUUGGCUUCACUGCACUCUGUAAUGAAAGUUGUUGGGACAAGCUUUUGAGGUGCCAGAAAGUAUAAAUUGGUUUUGUAGAUAGGUAACUUAUUUGACUACGGGCUGUCAAAAAUAAUUUGUUUGACUACGGACUUAUUAUGCCUAAAUUGUGGCAUGACUUUGUUGUGCCAGUCAGGUGCUCAGGUUUUCAUACCUAGAUUGUAAUGCACGACUUUACCAGAAUGGUUUAUCUACAUAGGUCCAUGCACAAGCUAAGCUUUUCAGAGACC